UGGCAAAAGUAAUUUUGUCUGUAAGUUACUCUCAGCACUAAUCUUGACAUGACUUUUUUUGCCUUGAUGAACAUGAUUUAGUGGAUUAACAGCUGUUCUUACUUCACACUGUCACCGUGCCAUAUAUCAAAAGCCCAGUAAAGUUUUCAGGGGAAACAUUUUAAAGCUUGGCUCAGCAGUGGGCUGCAGUUGGGUGAACAGACGCAAGAGGUGGCAGCCCUGCUCUCUGCUUGUACUCAACUGAAAGGUUCCUUUCUCCAUGCAUCCAGCUUCCUGCUUACUGGAAGAUGUCAGCAGUUGGAAUAGUGUCCUCCUGUUCCUGUCUGCGUCCUAGUGUAUGGCUGCUGAAACCAGGAAUCCAGAAGGCAAGCUCCUUUGGUUUACAUAUGGCAGCCAGGUGUGCUGCCAAGGAUUACUAUGAAGUACUUGUGUUGGGUGGAGGUGCUGGUGGAAUCGCCAUGAGUGCCCGGAUGAAGAGGAAAGUAGGGGCAGAAAACGUGGCUGUUGUUGAGCCAAGUAAGACUCAUUACUAUCAGCCACUGUGGACCCUGGUUGGUGGUGGUGCAAAGCAGCUGGCAACUUCUGCACGUCCAACAGAAAGUGUAAUGCCGGCAGGUGUUGAGUGGAUCCAGUCUCGAGUUACAGCAUUAGAUCCAGAUAAGAACUGUGUCUAUGUGGAGAAUGGCAGCAAGAUAUCUUAUAAGUACCUGAUAAUUGCCCUUGGGAUUAGUCUGCAUUAUGAAAAGAUCAAAGGCUUGCCUGAAGGUUUUCAUCACCCUAAAAUAGGUUCCAAUUAUUCAGUACGUACAGUAGAGAAAACGUGGAAAGCUGUACAAGAUUUUAAGGAGGGAAAUGCUAUCUUCACUUUUCCAAACACUCCAGUGAAGUGUGCAGGGGCUCCUCAGAAGAUCAUGUAUUUAUCAGAGGCCUACUGGAGGAAAACAGGAAAACGGUCCAAAGCCAACAUAAUGUUCAACACUUCACUUGGUGCCAUUUUUGGUGUUAAGAAGUAUGCUGAUGCAUUGCUUGAAAUAAUAAAGGAGAGGGAUAUCACUGUUAACUAUAAGCGCAAUCUCAUAGAAGUUCGAGCAGACAAGCAGGAAGCUGUGUUUGAAAAUCUGGACAAGCCUGGAGUGACUGAAGUUCAUCAGUAUGAAAUGCUUCAUGUCACACCCCCCAUGGGGCCACCUGAUGUCCUCGUCAACAGUUGUGUCUCGGAUGAAAUUGGCUGGGUGGAUGUAGAUAAGGAAACUCUACAACAUAAAAAGUACCCUAAUGUGUUUGGCAUUGGAGACUGCACCAACCUUCCAACUUCCAAAACUGCUGCAGCCGUAGCUGCCCAGUCUGGAGUGCUUGAGAGAACUAUUUCCCUGGUAAUGAAGAACCAGUCACCAACUAAAAAGUAUGAUGGAUAUACUUCCUGCCCGCUAGUAACAGGCUACAACAAGGUGAUUCUAGCAGAAUUUGACUACAACGCUCAGCCACUGGAGACCUUUCCCCUUGACCAGAGUAAGGAGAGAGUAACCAUGUACCAUAUGAAAGCUGAUAUGAUGCCUUUUCUCUAUUGGAAUGCACUACUCAAGGGAUACUGGGGAGGACCAGCUCCUAUCAGGAAGCUUAUGCACCUGGGCUUGAAGUAACUGCUGCCUGGUCAGUCCUUGUUGAAGGGCUGUUCUAACAGUGGAUCAGUACACAGCUUCCCUCUUGGGCCACCUAGUAGUGGUUUGUUUUCUUAAAUCAAGUGUUUGUCCUAAAGUCACUUCUUCCCUUACUAGGGGUUAAGCCUUCAUAUCCUUUCACUGCUUUUCUAAAUAAACCAAGGCCUUAAACUACUUCUCUACACAGACAGGAGUAUGAACUUGCCUCAAGCUACUGAACACUACUGGAAUUGUCUGGGGACAUCAGUAAUUUUAAAGCUGUUGUAUAUCUUAGAUCUUUUCCAACCUUAAAAUGUAUUGUCUGCAUUCAAGAUCACUGUGUGC